CGCGGGUCACGCCGCCUCCCCGCCCGCCCCGCCGGCAGCUGCGCCGCGCUCCGCCAGCGCCGUGCGGGGGGAAGGAGGGGAGCGGCGGGCGCGGCGCCAGCGCGGGACCUGCGCCCCCCGCGCCCCGAGCCCGCCGCAGGCAGAGGGGCCGCGGAGCCCCGCGAGGAGCGCGGCCGGCAUGAGCCAGGUGCCGAGGAAGCUGCCGGAGGAGGAAGAGGGGGACGAGGAGGAGGAAGAGGAGGAGGAGAUCGUGGGCUUGGCGGGCUACGCCGACGGGGCCGAGUCCUUCUCGGACGGCGACGCGGAGAGCGGCGGCGAUGAGGCGUUUUUGGAUUUCAAUGAUCCCUUCAGUACUGAAGUUAAGCCAAGAAUCCUGCUCAUGGGAUUGAGAAGAAGUGGAAAGUCUUCCAUUCAGAAAGUUGUCUUUCACAAAAUGUCGCCGAAUGAGACUCUCUUCUUGGAGAGCACAAACAAGAUCUGCAGAGAGGAUGUUUCCAACAGCUCCUUUGUCAACUUUCAGAUAUGGGAUUUUCCUGGGCAAAUUGACUUCUUUGAUCCUACGUUUGAUUAUGAGAUGAUUUUCAGAGGCACUGGAGCACUGAUAUUUGUUAUUGAUUCUCAGGAUGAUUAUAUGGAAGCAUUAGCUCGGCUGCAUCUUACUGUGACCAGAGCCUAUAAAGUGAAUCCAGAUAUCAACUUUGAAAUCUUUAUUCAUAAAGUGGAUGGCUUGUCUGAUGAUCACAAGAUUGAAACGCAGAGGGAUAUUCACCAGAGGGCAAAUGAUGACCUUGCAGAUGCUGGAUUGGAGAAGAUUCACCUCAGCUUUUAUCUGACAAGCAUAUAUGAUCAUUCUAUAUUUGAAGCAUUUAGCAAAGUGGUACAGAAACUGAUUCCACAGCUCCCAACACUGGAAAACCUGCUUAACAUCUUUAUUUCAAAUUCUGGGAUUGAAAAAGCAUUUCUAUUUGAUGUAGUCAGUAAGAUCUAUAUUGCAACAGACAGCACUCCAGUGGAUAUGCAAACUUACGAGCUCUGCUGUGAUAUGAUAGAUGUUGUGAUUGACAUUUCUUGUAUAUAUGGGCUUAAAGAUGAUGGCACUGGAACUCCUUAUGACAAAGAAUCAAUGGCAAUCAUUAAACUGAAUAAUACAACUGUCCUUUAUUUAAAAGAAGUGACAAAAUUCCUUGCUCUUGUUUGUUUUGUCAGAGAAGAAAGCUUUGAGAGAAAAGGAUUAAUAGACUACAAUUUCCAUUGUUUUCGAAAAGCCAUACAAGAAGUUUUUGAAGUAAGAAUGAAAGUAGUAAGAUCUCGAAAACAUCAGAGCCACCUGCAAAAAAAUAAAAGACCCACUCCCAAUGGGACACCAAGAAUGCCACUGUAACUGAGGUUUUCUGGCAAUGUGGCAAGCAAAGUUUUCAUGAAGUUGACAUGACUUCUGCAUCUCAUUGCACUGAGUGAAGAGGGAAACAAAUGGGACUGAUGUAUUAUAUGAAUUUUCCCUGAGUGUUCAGAAAGCACUGUUUAAAUAUUUUUAUCCAAUCAGUUUUUUCAUAUAGUGAGCACUUUGAGCAAAAUGUUGUAUAUAUAAACAUUGAGGUGAGCACUUGUAAGAAUUUUCUUAAUAUAUGCUGUAAACCUUUUUCAUGCCAUAUUAAGAAAAAACAGCUGUGACAGAAAUACUGGGUACAUAAUUUGCACUUUUUCAUGUUUUCCUUGUGGACUUGGACUUUGAUAAACUUAGUUUUUAUGGUGAUUUUGAUGCAUGGUGUCAGGUAAAAUGUAUGCUGUAGUUUAUUUACCUGCUACAAUCAAAUUGGUUAGUAAACAAUUAAGAAAACUUGGUACAAUGCCUUUUUAAAUUUGUGACAGCUAAUACCUAACAUUCAUACAGAUCUAAUUUCAUAUAUUUUUCAAUUUGUAAACUGAAGAAUAAUAUUGAAGUAUUACAGCAAUAAGCACCUUACCAGGGAUCAUAACUGGUAGGUAAAUACUAGCUUUUAUAAAACAGGCUUUUGGCCAAAAUUUCAUCCGGAGUUCUCCUUAACACUGGUCAUGCCCUCUCUUGGGUCUGGUUUUAUUAUUUACCUCAGCAUAUACCACUAAAAUACCUUUCUAUAAAGAUGAUUGUUUUGUAAAAUGGCUCUAUGUUGCACUGGUAUUUUUAUAAGGCUUCAGAGGAGUAUGUUGUAUCUGUAUGGCUGGAUUUACAUUGCUAAGUUUGUGUUGAGAGCCUGCACAUGUACAGUUGGUGCAAUGGAGAAUCUGUAUGUAUUUCCACCCUGGCGUUCUGAUGUACUGAUAAGUCAUAAAGGUGUGAGCUCUGGGUUCUGAUUCCCGCUAACAGGGGUACAUCUGAUUGAAAUCAAGACAAGACCAUUAAAAUGAGGACUGGACAAUCUA